AUGAAGCCUCCAGUGGGCCAGUGCGGUGUACAUAAUUUCUUAAAGUACUCAGUGCUGGGACAGGAGAGCUUCAAGUGUCCGGACGAUUUCGGCUUCUACCCGCAUCACAGCUCCUGCGACAAGUACUGGAAGUGUGACAACAACGUGGCCGAGCUGAAGACGUGCGGCAACGGUCUCGCGUUCGAUGCGACAGACUCCAAAUACCUGACGGAGAACUGCGACUACCUGCACAACGUGGACUGCGGUGACCGCACCCAGCUAGAACCUCCGAUCUCCACACCACACUGCGAGCGUCUGUACGGUAUCUUCCCGGAUGCGGCCAAGUGCGACGUGUUCUGGAACUGCUGGAACGGUGAGGCCUCGCGCUACCAGUGCUCGCCCGGACUCGCUUACGACCGUGAUGCACGCGUCUGCAUGUGGGCCGACCAGGUCCCGGAGUGCAAGAACGAAGAAGUAGCAAAUGGAUUCGCCUGCCCGGCCGCCGGUGAGAUCUCCAAUGCUGGAUCAUUCUCGCGACAUGCACAUCCCGAGGACUGCCGCAAGUACUACAUCUGUCUGGAGGGAGUUGCCCGCGAAUACGGUUGCCCGAUCGGAACCGUCUUCAAGAUCGGUGAUGCUGACGGUACUGGCAACUGCGAAGAUCCCGAGGACGUUCCCGGAUGCGAGGACUAUUACGGCGAUCAGGACAUCAAGGCCCUUCAGAAGAAAGGAUUUUAA